GGGUUCGGUUUGGGGCCUGCAGGAUUUGAUGUUUCUAAGGCACAGCCAGGCAGAAAUACCAAGUGGUCAUUUGGUUUGGGGGGAGGUGUCUGAGGCUGGAGUGUGGGAUUCGGGAGGCAUUCGGCACCCUGUAGUCAGCAUCUGGAGCUUGGGAAAGGAUGGGUUCUCCUAGUGGGACUGUGGUGGGGACAGCAUGCCGGGGUGUGGUUUGUUCGUGUGUGUAUGUGUCUGAGCCUCUGGUCUGCAUGUGUGUAUAUGUGCGUAUGCCUGGCUCUGGGUCAUGAGUUCCCCCAUCUCCUGGGAGAUCCUGCAGGUCAGCUGGGAGCUGGGUUGUUUUUGUUUGUGGUUUAACCCUGGGAGGGGGGUACCAAGCCUGAGAACCUACCCGUUGAGCAGCCCCCGGAAACACCUGUGUGUCCUUCCCCGCAGCAUGGAGAGUUUGCAAGGAGGGGGGAACAUCUUUGGCUUCUCUUGAGGCAGUCCCUGGAAUGAAUUCUAUCCAACAAGUCUACCCGAUCAAGUCAGUGGACAGCACACCCUCCGGGUCUAGGAUCCAGGGACUUGGUGGGAGGUUUGGCCAAGGGGAAAGCCGUGUUUCGGGAGGACACCUGAGGAGGGGAGAUCAGCAGCCUUCUGCUUGGUUUUUCCUGUUCUCGCUCAUUUCCUGUGAUGGCAGUGGGGGAGGGGCUCCCCAGCACUGGGGCCUCUGCAUCGUUUCCCCUUCCUCCUGGUGACCUCCUGGGGGCCCAGCCCAGAGUGCCACAGGACCAGCAGAGACAAGGUAUCUGUGCUCAGCCCAGAGGACUGAGUCCUUUGGAGAUUCCCAAGCAGUGGAAGAGACUGCUAUUUGCUGUGGCAUUUAGGGGAAGGAACCAACCCCAAGUCCCCUCCACUCCACUUGGAUGGGGCCAGCCAGGCUGUGGGAGUCGGGUUGCCCUCCCAGAGAGGGCUGAGACCCUCAAGGGGCAGGCACGAGUGGUGUGGCCUGGGUUGCUCCAAGUCACCAACAGACUGGAGAGAGUGGGACAUUGUCUUAGCAGGCUAUCUGUGCCCAGACCCCAGAGCACCCCUGCACCACCAUGACCGGGCUGCGGAAGAGGAAGUUUGACCAGCUGGAGGAGGACGACUCCUCGCUCUGCUCAUCCUCUUCUCUGUCUUCCUCGGGUCACUGCUCUCUCUCCUGCUCCCCAAGCUCUUCAGUCUCCACAGCCUGGGACUCAGAAGAGGAGAACCCCUGGGAUCAGAAGCCACUGCCUGACCGUGACAUCUGUGGCCCCCGAAGUUUUACCCCCCUUUCGAUCCUGAAGCGGGCUCCCCGGAAGCGCCCAGGCCGCAUAGCCUUCGAUGGCAUCACCGUCUUCUACUUUUCUCGGUGCCAAGGCUUCACCAGCGUGCCCAGCCGUGGUGGCUGCACCCUAGGCAUGGCCCCUCACCACAGUGCUAGCCGCCACUUCUCCUUGGCCGAGUUUGCCCAGGAGCGAGCCCGGGCACGGCGUGAGAAGCUCCGCCUCCGCUUGAAGGAGGAGAAGCUGCGAUGUAAGCUUGCAGAGUCUGGGGUACCUGAGACGGAGGCUGGCCUGCCACUGACAGUAGACACUAUUGAUGAUGCCUCCGUAGAAGAAGAGUUGGCAGCGGCUGUGACCAGUGGCCGGUUGGAGGAAAUGACCUUCCUCCAGCCCUACCCAGCCCGGAAGCGGCGGGCCCUGCUCCGGGCUGCCGGUGUGCGGAGGAUUGAUCGGGAGGAGAAGCGGGAGCUGCAGGCUCUGCGCCAGUUCCGGGAGGAUUGUGGCUGUCGCUGCGAUGGGGUCUGUGACCCUGAGACCUGCAGCUGCAGCCUGGCAGGCAUCAAGUGCCAGAAGGACCACACGGCGUUCCCCUGUGGCUGCUGCAAGGAGGGCUGUGAGAACCCCAAGGGCCGUGUGGAAUUCAAUCAGGAACGGGUUCGGACCCAUUUCAUCCACACGCUCACCCGUCUGCAGCUGGAGCAAGGGGCUGAGAGCCUUGGGGAGCUAGAGGCCCCUGUCCAGGGUGGCCCAUCCAGCCCUGGUGAGCAGGUCCUGGCCCCUACUUUCCCACUGGCCGACCCCUCUCUGAGCAGCGACCUGGGAGACCACAGCUGCAGCAGCGACAUGACUGAUUGCUCCACAGCAUCGGGUGCUAGCGAGGCCCCUGACAGCCCUGCCCACCCGGCCCUGCCUGGCCCUGGCUUCCAGCCUGCUGUGAAUGAUGAUAGCCUCGAGCGGAUCCUAAGUUUCAGUGACUCUGACCUGGGUGGAGAGGAGGAGGAAGAGGAGGAUGGGGGUGUGGGGAACCUCGACAACCUCAACUGCUUCUACCUAGCUGAUAUCUUCGGUACUGGUGACCCUGGUGGCCUGGCUAGCUGGACCCACAGUUAUUCUAACUCUAGCCUCACAUCAGGCAUCCUGGAUGAAAAUGCCAACCUGGAUGCCAGCUGCUUCCUAAACGGUGGCCUUGAAGGGUUGGGAGAAGGCAGCCUCCCUGGCACCUCCGUGCCGCCCAGCGUGGACGCUGGCCAGAGCAGCUCAGUGGACCUCAGCUUGUCUUCCUGCGACUCCUUUGAGCUGCUCCAAGCCCUGCCAGACUACAGUCUAGGGCCUCAUUACACCUCUCGGAAGGUGUCUGACAGCCUGGACAACCUUGAGGCACCCCACUUUCCCUUUCCUGCCUUUUCCCCGCCUUGGGACGCCAAUGUUUGCUUCCUAGAGUCUAUCAUGGGCUUGUCCGAGCCACCUGCUGAGGGCCUGGCUCCCUUCAUGGACAGCCAGUUGUUUGAGGACACUGCCCCAGCGUCUCUGGUGGAACCUGUGCCUGUGUGAGGACUAGGGUGCCUUUCCCCAGCCCCAAGAGCCCUGUUGCUGCUGUGUUAUAAUUUGGGGGCUCCCCGGGGACUGGAUGUAACCAUCUCCCAUUGGUUGACUCACCCAUGUGGACACUCCUAAUUCUCAUGCAACACUCUGGAUUUAUUUAUUUUUUUAACUUUCUGUGCUGAAGAGAGGGGGCGAGGGGACUUCCCCCUUCAGCACCCCCGACCCCAUGCCCACACGGUCUCUUCCACUUCCAUGGCGCAUGCCAAGAGGAGGACUACAUGGGGCUCCCCUGGAGCUUUGUGGAUCCCUUUUUGGUCUUGUAUGAUACUUCUUAGCCCAAAGACAGUGAGACAGGGCUGGAAUCAGCCACUUCCGGCUUCUGCCACCCUGAGUCGUGGCCCCCUGGGUGGCUGAUUCCUCUGGACUGUGAAGACUAUAAUUUAUUUCCAUAAUUUAUUUGGAGACUAGGCAGCUUAGGCUUCUCCGUAGCUGGUGGGCAAUGCUGGGGUCAGUGGGGUACAGACCCCAUGAGUCCCUUUUGCCCUGUAGUCCUACAGCCCUGCCCUACAUGGUCUUAGGCGUAGACCAGGUGUGGAUUCGAGCCCUACGUCUACUGUGGCAGCUGCCUGGCUCCGGAUGGCUGAGCAGGCAGGGGCUGACCCGGGACAGUGUCUGGGCAGGGGAGGGGCUGGGCUGACCAAUCGCGACCAAAACCCUCUUCUACCCGGCUCAGCCCCCUCUACUUCCUGUCCUCUGCCCCAUCUCUCCCCUCCCACAAAGGCCACAGCCUUUCUUCUUAGCCCAUCAAUGUAGUGGGGGAAGUGGGAGGCCCAGAGAGGGCAAAGGGCUUGCCUUGGGGCCCACAGCAUGCCCCUGACGACUCAGGGCUUUCUGGGCACUGCACUCCAGCCCAGCCCACCUGUCUGUGCCCCCAAGGCCAGUUGGCCAGGGCAAGGGGUGGCUCCUUAGGGCUUUUAUGCCCAUCAUUUGCUGAUAUUGAAUUUUGUAUUAUAAUUUCUAUAUUGUCCCUUAGUAUUAGAAUGAUAAUUUAUUCGUUUUUCUUUGUGUCUGUGCCAAGAAGCCCGGGCUGUGGGCCUGCCCUCUUGCCCAGGAGGCCUUGCCAGCCUGUGUGCUUGUGGGAACACCUUGUACCUGGACUUACAGGUACCAAUAAAGAGGCUCUAUUUUUAA